UGUGAGGAUCAGCGCUGUGACACUCAAGACUCUUUUUCUCUAGCGUUGGAUUUGUAUUACCCACCAGCACCAUGUGUAAAGGGCUCGCUGCCCUUCCAGCAACAUGCUUGAAAAGCGCCAAAGACAUAAAGCAUAAGAUUGGAUUCCUGCUUCAAAAGCCAGAUCCACCUCAAGAACAAAAGGCUCUGAAGGAGAAGGAGAAAGAGAAGGUGAAGGCGAAGGUCACCGUGGUGAACAGAGUCCCUCUUGCUGACAUUGAGAAGUGGAAAACAUCAUUUAACAACCUGAUCAAAAAUGAAGAUGGUCGGAAGGCUUUCACUUCCUUCUUACAGUCCGAGUACAGUCAAGAGAACAUUGAAUUCUGGGAAGCCUGUGAGGAUUUCAAGCAGACAUCUGUGGACAUGAUGAAUGUGAAAGCCAGAAAGAUAUUUGAGCGAUACGUUGAAGCCGAUUCCCCUAGUGAGGUGAAUUUAGAUUCGGCCACUAGAGAACUCACUAGAAAGAAUCUGGAAAAGAGUGACGCAUCUUGUUUCGAAGAAGCUCAGAGUAAAAUCUUCACGCUCAUGGAAAAGGACUCAUACAGGCGCUUCCUGAAAUCCAAACUGUUCCAGGAACUGUCUCAACCGCCGUUGGACAACAAACCCUGUAGUUUAGAGAAGAAAGGAAAACGGCACAUUUCUGAGCUCAGUCAGUGCUUGCCUAGUUAUGCCUAAUCCUGAGCAAAGUAUAGGAUGAACUUUGACAUAAUGUGACUUCAACCCAUUUGGCUUUGUAAAGCUUGUUCAUGUUUAGGAGUAAAAAGGUGAAGCUGUAAGCCAAGGUGAGCUACACAUCAUUAGAUGGUUCAGUCAUUGUGAUUGUAACACUUUUAGCGUUGAAAGUGUGUAGUUAAUCACUGCUUGAGCGUGGCUGUCAUCGUCUGAACGGGUAAUGUUAUUACCGUCAACAGAAAUAACCCGCAUCUACUGUUCAACCUUGAAAUUCCAUCAAAUUGGCUUUGGGAAAACAAUUCACCUGUGACGUGUAGUUUACAACUAAAUGACUGUUACAGACAGCAAAUAUUUUUGCUUAAGUUUUUUUUUUUUUUGACCUAUGAUGAGAAUAGGACCAUUAACAUCACUAAUAAUAACCAAUUGUAUUCUCUUUACUCUUGUAAUGUUAUGUAAUCCGUAUAUUUUUAUAUAUAUAUAUAUAUAUAUGUUUAUGUAUAAGCUGUUUUGACGUUAAAGGUGGUGUAUGUUCUUUCUACUUCAAAUGUGAAAUUUCCAAGCAUUUCUUUUUUUGUAUUGGCCACUCUUCAUGAUCCACAAAAUGACAAGUGAAUGUGAUAAAUGUGCAUGUGCAAUGUAUUACCUGUCACUGCCAAUGAUUUACGAUGUGCUCCAUGGUGAAAUCGUGUCUUGGCUGUAAGGCAGGCUUCACAUAUCAAACCACAAAAUGCUCUUGUUAGAAUAAAUGGCCAAAUGUGAGUUGUUUA